AUGGGUUGUUCUGCAUAAAAAUAAUCUAUUAAACAAGAGUUAUUUGUAAGUAAGCUCAAUAAUAAGGAAAUUAUAGAGAUUAGAGAUUUAAUUUUAAAAGAAGACUAAAGAUUUUAAUCAAUCAAUACCAAUAAUUUUUAAGUGUCUAUAAGUUAGGAUGAUGGAAUAUAUACAGGAGAAGUGAAGAUUAAAAUAAAAGAUGCAGUUGGGGAAUAUAUAUCCUAUAUUGAUGGAAAUAAUUCAGAGAUGUUAAAUAAAAAAGUAAAAGAAUACUAUCUAGGAUAAUGGAAAAAUGAAAUGAAAGAUGGUUAUGGUUUGAUGGUUUAUUAUAAUGGAAUUUAGUAUGACUAUUACGUUGGUGAAUUUCAGUAAGAUAAACGACAUGGCUAGGGAUAUAUUAAAUAUUCUAAUAAAUAAUAAUACAAAGGAUAAUUUGAAAAUGAUUUUUUUCAAGGAAAAGGCAUAUAUACCCUUCAAGAUUAAGAUACAUAUUAUGAAGGGGACUGGAUUUAAAAUGAACGUGACGGAUUUGGAAAAGAAUAAGGUAAAGAUGACAAUAAAACAUGGUAAUAUGAGGGUUAUUUUUCAAAAGGUAAAAGGUAAGGAAAAGGAAAGCUCAUUAUUGAUAAAGAGUAUGAAAUUGAAGGGGAUUAUGAAAAUGAUUUUCCCAAAAAUGUCAUCAUUACAUAUAAAUAAUAAGAAUUUUAGGAUUAUAAAUAUGAAGGUUAUUUAGCAAUAAAUGAUAAACAGGAGGCUAUAUUUGAAGGGAUGGGAAAGUUAACAAUGAAAAAUAAUUAAAUUUUAGAAGGUAGAUAUUAUAGAUAAUGUUUUAGGAGAAUUUACAUAACAUUAAUAUAAAAAAUAAGAAGUUUAAGAGAAAUGA